AAGGAAAAUGAAGUACAUUCUAGUCACUGGUGGUGUUAUAUCAGGGAUUGGAAAAGGAGUCAUUGCCAGCAGUGUGGGCACAAUACUCAAGUCAUGUGGCUUACAUGUAACGUCAAUUAAAAUUGACCCUUACAUUAACAUUGAUGCAGGAACAUUCUCUCCUUAUGAGCAUGGAGAAGUCUUUGUGCUGGAUGAUGGUGGAGAAGUUGACCUUGACCUGGGAAACUAUGAGCGGUUCCUGGAUAUCCGCCUCACCAAAGACAAUAAUCUGACCACAGGGAAGAUAUACCAGUACGUCAUUAACAAGGAGCGCAAAGGAGAUUACUUGGGGAAAACUGUCCAAGUUGUCCCUCACAUCACAGAUGCAAUCCAGGAGUGGGUGAUGAGACAGGCGUUAAUACCUGUAGAUGAAGAUGGCCUAGAACCUCAAGUGUGUGUUAUUGAGCUUGGUGGGACGGUUGGAGAUAUUGAAAGCAUGCCCUUCAUCGAGGCCUUCCGCCAGUUCCAGUUCAAGGUCAAGAGGGAGAACUUUUGUAAUAUCCAUGUCAGUCUAGUUCCUCAGCCAAGUUCAACAGGGGAACAGAAAACAAAACCCACCCAGAACAGUGUUCGUGAGCUUAGGGGACUCGGGCUUUCCCCAGAUCUGGUAGUAUGCAGGUGCUCAAAUCCUCUUGACACGUCUGUGAAAGAGAAAAUAUCAAUGUUCUGCCAUGUGGAACCUGAACAGGUGAUCUGUGUUCAUGAUGUCUCAUCUAUCUACCGGGUACCCUUGUUGUUAGAAGAGCAAGGGGUUGUAGACUAUUUUCUCCGGAGACUUGACCUUCCUAUUGAGAGGCAGCCACGAAAAAUGCUGAUGAAGUGGAAAGAGAUGGCAGACAGAUACGAUCGCUUGCUGGAGACCUGCUCCAUUGCCCUUGUGGGCAAAUACACCAAAUUCUCAGAUUCCUAUGCUUCUGUCAUUAAAGCUCUAGAGCAUUCCGCCUUGGCCAUUAACCACAAGUUGGAAAUCAAGUACAUAGAUUCCACAGACCUGGAGCCAAGCACCCUGCAGGAGGAGCCUGUGCGCUACCAUGAAGCAUGGCAGAAGCUCUGCAGUGCUCAUGGAGUGCUGGUUCCAGGAGGAUUUGGUGUUCGAGGAACAGAAGGAAAAAUUCAAGCAAUUGCCUGGGCUCGGAAACAGAAGAAGCCGUUCCUUGGUGUAUGUUUAGGAAUGCAGCUGGCAGUGGUAGAAUUUUCAAGAAAUGUGCUGGGAUGGCAAGAUGCCAAUUCUACAGAGUUUGACCCUAAAACUAGUCAUCCCGUGGUCAUAGACAUGCCAGAACACAACCCUGGACAGAUGGGCGGAACCAUGAGGCUGGGCAAGAGGAGAACCCUGUUCCAAACCAAGAACUCAGUCAUGAGGAAACUGUAUGGAGACACAGACUAUUUGGAAGAAAGGCACCGCCACCGAUUCGAGGUGAAUCCAGUUUUGAAAAAGUGCUUGGAAGAACAAGGCUUGAAGUUUGUUGGCCAAGAUGUUGAAGGCGAGAGGAUGGAGAUUGUGGAGCUGGAAGAUCAUCCUUUCUUUGUUGGGGUGCAGUACCACCCUGAGUUCCUGUCCAGGCCUAUCAAGCCUUCCCCACCCUACUUUGGCCUCCUCCUGGCUUCUGUGGGGCGGCUCCCACAUUACCUUCAGAAAGGCUGCCGGCUCUCGCCCAGGGACACUUACAGUGACAGAAGUGGGAGCAGCUCCCCCGACUCUGAAAUCACUGAACUGAAGUUUCCGUCAAUAAAUCACGACUGAUAUGCUAAUUGGUCCCGUUUUCCCAUGCUGAGGCACUGUGCCCCACAGGGACGACUGCAGUUGCCACAACUAUGAGGACUUGGCUGAAUGGAAGAGCCACCCUGUGUGUUUCUGCCCUGGCAAAGAUGGCCUCAGCAUUGACCAAUUGCCACAUGCUGGCUCCCUGCAUAACCUUUUUGAGAAAAGGCUCCCCAAAGCUUGCCGUGCUGAUGGGACUGAUGCUGGCUGGCACCGUAGGGCAGCCUUCCAAAACCAGCGCCCAGCUGCUGCUUUUUGGCAGAAGGAAACCUGAUGAUCCUGUGCUAACCUCCCUCGGAUCCAGGGGACAGCAGCUGUGUUUCCACUUCACCUACCUUUGUAGAAACCAGCUUCCUCCCAGAGAACACUUCUUCUAGCAUGGUGCUUGGCACACGGGUUGUGCCCAGAAACGCUGCCCUCUGGCUUCUUGAGUAAGCUUAUUUAUUGUGCUGGGGCUACUCAUCAAGUGCUUACCUGUGAGCCUCGGCCUCAGUAGUGCGUUCUUUGGAUGGCUCUUAAGUGGCUACAGAGACCCUGGGGAAAGCACAGUGUGUGGGUGACAGGAGUUUGGUAUCUAUCAUGGUAGGCGCAUCUGUGAUCAUGUUUGGUCCGUAUAAGCCCUGUGAGCUGUGGCAGGGUUUGUAUUCUAUUUGAUGCACAGGAAAAUCAGGUCUCGGAGCUGGUGUGAAUGUUGUGUGUGUAGAGGGAAGCAGGGGAAGGUGCUGUUGAAUGUGGGGUAGGGAACUGAGUUUUCCAGUGUGUGUGUGUAAGUGUAAGCUAGAGAUUGACAUCAGCUGUUUUCCUCAGUCAUUCUCCCCUUCCACAGUGUCUCACUGAGCUUGCAGCUCAAAAAUCAACUUCUUACGUGGGUGCUGGAGAUCAUUCAGGUCCUCAUGUAUAUGUAGCAGGCACCUGAUUGAGUCAUCUUCCCAGCUCCAAAGCUUUUCUCUUCAGUACUGCUCUGUGGAUGUGACCAAAGACCUCUUACCAAGGAAGUGACUGCUGAUUAAAGUGCUUCUGUGGAA